GUGUUAUAUAUCUAUAUAUAUACCGUAUAUACUCCGAUAUAUAUAACCUGAAUAUAAUAAUGUAGUUUAUCCAAAUAAAAUUCUAGUUUGUUGUUUAAAAAAUCUUAAUUAUUAUAAUUUAAAAAUGUACUUAAUAUCAGCAUUAAUAAUUUUUAACAUUCCACAAGUGAAUAAUGUAAAUUUUCAUAUUAUUGCCAAACAAUAAAUGAAAUAUAGUCACAACGAUUAAGGUUAUGUAAAUCUUUCUGCAAACAAAGGAAAAUUUAAUAAUUCCAAUUUGAAUCUCAAUGUUUCUAAUUAAUUUUAUUUGUGAAAUGUUGAUUGCUUUCAAUAGUUGAAUGCUUUGAAAAUAACUAAACAUCUCAAGCUAUGUUUGGUUCGGUGCAAAUAAAGCAAGAAUAUAAUAAUCCAGAGGAUAAUCAAAAUGGUACAAGCGUGCAAAAUAACUUUGAAUAUUCUUCAUUCACUAGUCAGGAUGUUGAGUACAUAUAUCGACAAUUACCCCAUUUUUGGAGUCAAACACAAAUGCCAAGUGUUCAAUUUUGUGAAGGAAAUCAAUCAAAGCAUGACGUUCCUUUUCGCCAAGACAUCCAUCCACAUGAUUCGCAAUCUCAGUUCGCGGUGAUGAAUUAUCUACAUCCAUUCCCAAUGAGCCAGUCAGAAUCACAACAACAACAACAACAAUCAGCACCACCACCACAAUCACAACCAGUGGUGAGUGAAUCGAAUACAAUUGGAAUCACAAAUAAUUCUGAACUCUCACAAUCGCCCUCAUCAGUGAUAAAGCGUACAGCAACUAGUCCAACAAAUAAAUCGUCUUCCUCAACUGAUUCCAAUUCAAAAAAAGCCAAGUGUCAUUGUGAAAUUUGUUUCAAGGAAUUUGGACAUAAAUCAAAUCUUUUUAUUCACAUGCGCACACAUAAUGGUGAACGUCCCUAUAAGUGUCCCCAAUGUGAUAAGUGUUUUACACAUAGUGGCAAUUUGGCAAUUCAUAUGCGAACACAUUCAGGUGAAAAGCCAUAUGCAUGUCAAAUUUGUGGCAAAAUGUUUAGUCACAGUGGUAAUUUAUCGACGCAUUUGCGAACGCACUCGGGAAUAAAACCCUAUAAAUGUAAUGUGUGUUCAAAAGAAUUUCGUCACAGUGGUAAUUUAUCGAUUCAUGAACGUAUACAUUCGGGAGUUAAGCCAUUUCAAUGUAAAUUAUGUGGCAAGGAAUUUUAUCAUAGUGGCAAUUUAACGACACACAUGAAGAAACAUCAAAACGAAGAGGGAUUAUUGCCACGCGAUGAUAUUGGUAAAAAUUCCGAUGUUCAAGAGGAAGUGAAUCAAGAUUCCCUGAGACCCCUACCCGAGGGAGGUAUUCAAUGUGACACUAUUAAUAGUAUUUAGAUAAUUAGUACUUUAAAUGGAGAUUUUUUGCAGAUAAAAAAACAGCUUUCUUUCUUUUUUAUUUCUAUGCUUCAAACAGGAAGACGUAAAUUAAAUUCAGUUUCAUGUGAAGGAAAAUUUGUCAAUGCAUUUGUUAUCGUCAUUGAAAAAAUUUUUGAACCGCAUAAAUAUAUUCCGUAAAAAUCAUUUUCAUUUGUAUGAAUUUCAUUUGAAAGAGUUUCUUUUGAGAAUUUUCGAAAAUAAAAAAUUAUAUUAAAUAAGAUUUCGUUUACAAAGAAAGUGUAACUAAUUCGAAAAAAAUGAAAAUUCUUAAAAGAAACUCUAUCAAAUGAAAUUCAUAUACAAAUGAAAAUAAUUUUUACGAAAUAUUCAUUGCGCCCAAAAUUUUUAACUAAGAAAAAAUUCUAAUUUAAAAAAUACAGAUUUCCUAAAUAAUAUAGAAAUACUAUUUUAAAUAAUAUAGUAAACAAAUCUAACUGCUGUAUUAAAAAAAAAAGUGUUUUUUUUACCUUCUUUUACACAAUUUGAACGAAGCUGAAGUACACAACGUUUAUGAUAAACGAUUUUUAAAGAAAUUUUUUAAAAUGAAAAAUUUUAUAAUUUUUUGCCUAAAAAAUAUUUUUUUAUAAUCUAUUGAUUAAUGAAAACUACAAGAAAUAUUUUUCAGGCGAAAAAUUAAAGAAUUUUUCAUUUUAAAAAAUUAUUUUUUUAAAAAUCGUUUAUCAUAACAUGUUGCCAACUUCAGCUUCGUAAUUUGACGAUUAUUCGUGCAUUUACAUAUUUUUAAAACAAUAGAAAUAAAAAAAAAGAGAAAAAGAAGAAUGAAAAGAUUAUCGCGUGAGCCGAAAUAAAAAAUCGAUAUAUUUACCCAUUCUUUUAACCUUAUUUUCGAAACUUAAUUAUAGAAAAAAACUUUUUUGAAAAUAUUUUCUUUUAACAUCCAAAAUCACACGAUUUCUUUUCCUUCUUAUGUAUAAAUAGUUGAUACAUACAUUAAUUUAUUUUCAUUUCUGUUUUAUUUCCCCUUUUCAUUAAAUAUAUAUAUAUUCGUAAACUUUUAUAAAUAUAGAUGAUAAAAAAAAAGUUUAUCGAUAAAAAAAAAAAUUGUUGCAACUAUAUUCAAGAGUAAAUUUUGUUUUUUUUUGUUAAAUAUAUUCUUUUAUAUUUAUUAAUGUAAACAUUCAUUAGGCCAUGUUCAAGUCGAAGGGAACUGUAAAAAUAGAUAGAGGGAUUAAUAUUUAUCCUUGUAUUAUUCUUUUAAGAUUAAAUAUAAAUAUAUUUAUAAAAAAUAGAGAGAGAGCGAGAGAUUUUGCU